AUGUCGUCCAAGAAAGAUCCCUCUGGCGGUGUCCCCGCCCACAGCAAGGGCUCGUGGACCAGUUUUCUCAAGUCGAUCGCCUCCUUCAACGGGGAUCUCUCCUCCCUGACUGCCCCUCCUUUCAUCCUGUCCACCACCUCGCUCACCGAGUACUCGGCCUACUGGGCUGAGCACCCGGCCGUCUUCGUCGCUCCUGGCAGGGAGGCCGAUCCCGAAAAGCGGGCUCUCCUCGUCCUCAAGUGGUUCCUCACCACCCUGCACCAGCAGUACUGCAGCCGUAGCGAGAAGCUGGGCAGUGAGAAGAAGCCUCUCAACCCGUUCUUGGGUGAGCUGUUUAUCGGGAAGUGGCUCGCCGACGAGUCGGACCCGGAAGUGGGGGAGACCAAAUUGAUCAGUGAGCAGGUCAGCCACCACCCUCCUGCCACUGCAUACGCAAUCUGGAACGAGAAGCACGGAGUCGAGCUGCAAGGAUACAAUGCCCAAAAAGCGUCCUUCUCGAGCACUAUCCAAGUGAAGCAGAUCGGUCACGCCCUCUACACCCUCACCCCGCCCGGUACCGAAGAGAAGGAGAGAUACCUGAUCACCCUCCCGAACCUGCACAUCGAAUCUCUGAUCUACGGCACCCCGUUCGUCGAGCUCGAGAAAACCGCUAAAAUCGCCAGCAGCAGCGGCUAUGUCUCCAAGAUCGAUUUCUCGGGCAAGGGCUGGUUGAGCGGCAAGAAGAACACCUUCACUGCCGUCCUCUACAAGGCUAGCGAGGGCGAGAAGAAGCCCCUGUACACAGUCGACGGCCAAUGGUCCAACACCUUCACCGUGAAGAACGCCCACAAGGAAGAGGUUGACAAAUGGGUUGUGCAAGAGAACAAGACUACCGCGCUCACCCUGGCUCCUCUCGAGGAGCAGGAUCUGUACGAGAGCCGCCGUGCCUGGAAGGAGGUUGCGGAGAACAUCCAAAAGAGCGACAUGGACGCCGUCUCCGAGCACAAGUCGCGCAUCGAAAAUGCUCAGCGCGAGCUGCGCCGCAUUGAGAAGUCCGAGGGCCGCGAGUGGGAACGUCGAUUCUUCAAGCGAAUCAACCCCACCGAUGACGGUGCCGAUAUUCAGCAGUUGGCCAGUUCGCUCGACUUGCCUACCAACCUGGACGGCGACAAGACCGGCGGCAUCUGGCGCUUCGACGCCGAGCGCGCUGCUGGUUCUCAACCGCCUUACUUCAAGAUUGGUGGCGAGGGGCUCGGUAUCACUGAGUAA